CGUAUUUUACAACUGAAAGAAAAAUGUCAACAAACAAAAUUACAGACUGAUUUUAUUUAUCAUCAUCUUUACCUGACUGCAUCAGAAUCUUCGAUCAGAACAAUGCGCUUUGUAUUUAAGUCUAUUAAACCAUUUUUUAUCAGCUCUACUAGACGACUGUCAUUUAUUUCUUCGAUAGAUAAUCAAUCGCAAUUUGUUUGUAAACAUGAAUGUCAUGAUACCAGAGCAAAACAUUCCACCUUCAAGGCACUUAAUUCCCAAAUGCUUCAAAACGCUUCUAGACACAGGUUGAAUGCAACACUUAGUAAAGUCAGAUUUCUCAGUUCAGAUGUGUCAGUAGCCUCUUCUUGUAAACUGCAAAAUAUGUUGCCAAGUGAAUUUCAUAAAAAAUUAUUGGAUGCCAAAAUAGCACGCUGCUAUAUUGUAAAUGAGGAUGGGGAAUUAAAAUACUCGCACACAGAAUUAAAAGAACUGAUUCCAGAAUCUGAGUUAAGGUCUCUUGACUUUGAUCAUGAGGCUAUAUUUUUCUACACUGGAACCAGAGCUAAUUGCUUGAUGGCAGUGUUCAUUUGGAGGACAGACAGGGGUCAAGGGGUAGGAGGUGUUGAUUAUAGACCCAUCACUUCAAUGGCAGAGUUGAUUCUUGAUGGGAACAGAUAUUCUAAAGGACUUGGUAUUAAGUCUGCUCUUGCCGGAAUGUGGGCAGGUGGAGGUAAAGGAUUCGUGUUGGCUCCAGUAAGCAGACAGUUCGACCCAGAGUUUAGAAGAAAGGUUUUCUUGGACUUUGCAGAUUUUCUCACUUCACUUAAUGGAUGCAUGGUUGCUGGUGUUGGGGUUGGCAGCUCAGUACCUGAUAUGGCCACAAUGUUCACAGAGACUAGAUAUGUAUCGAAUAUUGCACCAGAUUAUGGAGGGUCAGUAAAUUCAUCAGUAUACACUGCAUUAGGUAUUGUGACAGCAAUGGAAGCAGCUUUAGAGUUCUUGGAGAUGGGGUCUUUAGAAGGGAAAACUGUGGCAAUACAGGGUGCAGGAAAUGUUGGUCAGGUGAUCAUAGACAAGUUGUUGAAGAAGAAUGUUAAACAUAUCUACGUCACAGAAUGUAACAGCUUAACAAUAGCUGAUGUUAAAGAUUUCUUUGCUCACAAGGCUGAGGGGAGACUGACUUUAUCCAAGGUAUCAUUUGAAGAUACAAGUAUAUUCCGUACAAAAUGUGAUAUCUUCUCACCGUGUGCUCGAGGAAAGGCAUUUGCAUGGGGGCCUGAUGGGAGCAGUCUUAAAGAGGUAUUAAAUGACACUACCAUACCAAUGUUGAAUACAAAGAUUAUCUGUGGGGCUAGUAAUUUACCAGUGCAUACAGAAGAGGACCAUAUUGCACUGAUGGAGAGAAAAAUUACCUAUGUAACUGAUGUUGUGCCAAAUAGAAUGGGUAUUGUAAGUAAGUUGUUGGAACCAUACGGAAGAAUGAGUGAUGACCCAGACCUUGCAAAACAUCUUUCCACAGAAUGGCAGCAUUCAAUUUAUCAGACUACCUUAAGAAUACUCAAAAUGGCAGCGAAGCUGAAAAUUCAUCCAGAGAAAGCGGCAUACAUUCUUGGCGAGGAACUUAGCCGAGAAGUUCACCCUCUUUAUCCUCGUAGGACGCAAAAUAUUAUUCGUGGGUUGGUGAAUUCCCGCUGGCACGAGGGUAAAGAUUUCUGGAAUGAAAGAUGGGGAUUUGAAGGGGACCAGUUGGUUUAGUGAACUGCUCAAUAAAUUGUCUGUGAGAAUAACAAUUUUCAGCAGAUCACUAUAUAGGAAAUUAAUCUCAGUUUAAAACAGAACCUGCGUAAAAAUACAGACCCAGGCUACAGUACUUGCCUAAGUAUAGAACCAGUUUGCAGCACCUGCUUGAAAUACAGACCCAGGCUACAGACUUACCUGAAAUACAGACCCAGUUUACAGUUCUAUUUGACCCGGGCAGUAGUUUUCACUUAUGUUAGUGUGUAUUGUGAUUAAACUGAAGUUACAAUGAUGAAGAUUUUUAUUGAGAUUAUUAUACAAUGUAUUUAACUUUUAAAUAAUAGUUCUUCUCAGCACUUUAGUUUAAUAUGAAAGUAGGUGCUACCUAAAAGGCAAACCUCCCAUGAAAAAUCACCAGUGCCCGUUAAAAAUUAAAGGAGUGGUGCUGGAAUUAUCUGGAAUUAUGGAUUCGUUAAGGAAGUUUAUGUUCUUUAGAUCUAUUAAAAUUAUUAAUGAUAAUUCAUGAUUUCUGAAUACAUGUUUUAGACUGAAUCAAGAUUAAUUCUCGACAUGUGAAAACUCUACAAAUAUUCUGUAUAUAAUCAAAAGAAAGUUUGGUAUAGAUUAACAUCUGCAUCAAGAUAAAGAAAAAAAAAACGUAUUUGAAUAAUUUCUGUUAUUCUUAUUAAAACGCACUGCAUCAACAAUUUUACAAAACUUAUUAUCAUACUGGAAACCAGUCACAAAAUGAUAACUGCUUCAAAUUGAAAAGCUUGAACUUUGAAAAUUUCAAACCUAACAGAAUCUCAUUAGGCCAAUAGCCAAAGGAAUUCUGUGUCUUUGCGUGUGAAUAUUGGGCAUUGAGGACUUAAUGUAAAAAGUUAAUGUUCCAAUUCCAAAUUUAAUUACAAUAGACUUUAGUUAUACAAUGUUUUCAAAACUCAUAAUAAUACAAAAAAAAAAAAAAUGAAAUAAAAAAUAAAAAUUAAAAAUAAAAUCUGGUCCAGGUGAGGUUCGAACUCACGACCUCUGAAUUACAAUGCGAACUCGCUAACCACUACACCAUUGUGGAGUUAUGACGUCAGGAGACAAACAUAAGUAUAUAUAAUAAAGUUCAGUAAUGGCAGCGUGACAAAAGUCGUUUCAAACUGAAAAUAUUGUUUUAUUUCUUUUUUUCCUCGUAGAAAAUGUAUUUAGCAUUAAUUUCUUAUUAUCAAACGCCCAUUUGCAUUUUUAUUCAAUAUUCAAAGCAGUAAGCGAGACGCUUUUGUCAACCGUAAACAGUAAGCGUCUACUGACGUCUUUACUGAUUAAUUACUAUGUGCAUAGCGUACUUGAAAAAAUCCGAACAACACCGAUUCCAAAAAGUACCACGAAUUUUCAACUCGAUAGUAUACACAGUUAGAUCUCUCUAUUCAUUUUAUUUUUCAUACGUUUAACUGUAAUGCGACGCUGUCGGCGCCGCAAAGCAGCGCCAAUAGCUCUGCUAUUACUUGUUACCACAUCCUUAUAUAAUACAUUUUAUAUUAAAUAAUUAUGAUUUGUCUGCAAGUGAAAAUAAUUAGCAUUAGUGACUUUUGUUGAAAAUUAGCCAGCCCCUAUAGUGUUCACAUUGUAGUUACUACUCAUAACCCUGGUAGAAAAGGUAUGUAAUAAAGUCGGAGAAAAACAGGCUCUUACUGAAGUUUAUUUGUGAAGUGAAAAGUGUUGACAUAGUAGGUAAAAUAAUAAUGGAUAUCGAGUCUCAUUUUUCUCCAUAGCUGGUCAAUUUUCAACCCGUAUGUUUAGAAUUAAAGCACAAUUUAUACAAAUCUGUAAUACAUAUGUACUUCAGGUGUGCACUAUUUUAAGUAGACUUGAAAGUGUUCAUAUGUUUAAACUUACGUAACUAUGUUUGUAAUGUGUAAAUGUGAAGUCACGUGUUUUCACACCGAGAAAGAAAAGAAAUAUGUGUUUGUUGUAUUUCUUUGAAUUGGACAGCCGGACUGUUCAUUCUUGAACAAGAGAUUUUACUUGCAUUUUGCUUUAUAUGAAUUAUUUCUGAAGAGAUCUGAAGUAGUUUAAUCUAAACCAACAUCAAUUAUAGAGAAAAUUCUCACAACUUUUUUAACUACUGUCAAUGACUGCCUGGAUUUCUGCCCUGUUUGAAAUUUACUUUUGUGAAUUUUGAAUAUUCAAAGAUAAACCCAUGUGACAUUGCAAGGUUAUAUUAAGUACAAAAAUGUUAACAUUUCUAAUAACAAAUUGAAAUUUACAAGUAUUUAUAUAAUUACAUUAGUAUUUCUGUAGUAAUUGACUGUUUAACUAGGUAGUAAAGUUUAUAUAGGACAUCUUCAUUCUGCUAGUUCAAUGCAGGUGUACCACCGAUAGAUUUCUUUGUUUUUUACUGUUUUUCAUACACCCUUGAAAUAACUAAUGGACAGCUGUUUUCAUGCUACUCAUUUACUAGAUAACCCUCCACAUGCAUCUUGUAAUAUCAGAAUAAAUUACUUGCAUAACAAUCUGUUUUGCAUACUUUUACAUAUUAAAAAGCAUGUCAUUAAUGGCUCACACCCAGCCAACUCUAUCAACUACACAAGUUGCACCCAAAUGCAUUAGUAGUCACACUUAAAUACAUAAUUUUCUUUGUAUGAAACAGUUCAUCAUUAAUAGCAACAGUUAAAACUGUGUUCCCUCAUUGCGUAGUAUUGAUAUUUGCUGAAACCAUCAGAAAUGGAAAAAUACUUUUUAUAUAUAGUAAUAGGUAAUUAUUUCUUAUAUAUAGUAAUAGGUAAUUAUUUCUAGUAACUACCGGUACUUGAAAAUAUUACAUUUAUGUAACUUUGCUAUCCUGUAAGAUUGUAAUGAAAAGUUCUGAAUGCUAUAAUGUGCUCAAUUAUAAGUAGCUUUUUUCUGCCAGUUUAUAUGUUCAUUGGGAAAUAUAUAUUUACCCAAAAUAGAGUGUGUAAUUUUUAAUUACAAAAUGCUGUCGUUUUUUAAAGUACUGAUUCAUAAGACUGCACUCUUACAUUUCAUAUCAACUCUUACAUUUCAUAUCAACUGCUAAAUAGUAUGCUUCAUUAGCAUUUGUGUGAAGAUACUUUAACUGAGCCGCACCAUGAGAAAACCAACGAAGUGCAUUUGUGACCAGCAUGGAUCCAGACUAGCAGUCUGGUCAGGAUCCAUGCUGAUCACUUUCAAAGCCUAUUGCAAUUAGAGAAACUGUUAGCGAACAGCAUGGAUCCUGACCAGACUUCGCGGAUGAGCAGGCUGGUCUGGAUCCAUGCUGGUCGCAAAUGCACUAUGUCGGUUUUCCCAUGGCGCGGCUCAACUACAUUUACCUAAAUCAUUUGUACAUGCUCAUGCAUUCGUCUUUAUAUAGCAUUACACUGAAGAUAACCAGAGAUCUUGUGACACGAUGGCUCAGCCACCAACUGAUAGAUGUUACAGCAUUAAAAUAUGUGUCAUACACUUAAAGAUGGAUAUUGUUACAAGUGGCAUGUAUAAUGCACUGCCCAUGUGGGGUUAUGGUCAUCUUAGUAAUGUGCUUCAAUAUUUUCAUAUAAUACAAGUUUCCAAUUACUUUUUAAAUUGUAAUUUUAUUUUUGUGUGGUAGAAGUAGUUUGUUUGAAUGUAUUUUUGCACACACUUUGUCCACCUGUCAAUAACCUUAUUUCUUGAGCAGUUUUUAUGAAACUUACACAGAAAGUUUAUAGCCACAAGAUUGCUUCAAUGACCCAAUGAAUCUGUCCAAAUUUCCUAAACAUAUCAGUAGCUAUGUUUUUGGUGCAAUCUUCUUGAAAUUUACACAUAACAUUCUUGAUCGAAAUACCUCAUACAAGUUAAUUUGAGCAGUUGCUUCAAUAACACCAGCGUUGUGAAAAUUGCUAUAUUCAACACUAUCACAAUCUUAAGUAACGACCUUGUACAAGUAUUCAGACAACGACAAGUGAUACGUAAUAGAAAGAGUAGGGGUUCACAAGAAAUAACCUCAUUAUUCGAAUGGCCCCUACGCUUUCUGUUUCGUAUCAUGGUCCGCCAGUAUGAACAACGCAUUCGGUUACUAAUUUUUAUCGACAAGUCAACAUUCCAUUUUAAGCAUUGGUACUAUCAUGUGACAAGUAUACUCUAACUGAAGUAAAGAACGGUUUCAGAAAGAGUUCAACAUUUCCCUACAGUAUUUUCUAUGUAGGCGGGACCUGAGACUUGUUCUCUAACUUAGUUAGGGUACAGCAUAUAGCAACGCCUCUUCCUCAGUUGAAGAAUAUUACAGAUAGAAGUUAACAGUUACAAUGACACUUCAGGUAAACCAUGGUUCAAUGGGACAUUAUUGCCCUCUUGUUUCAUUAAAAACUAGAUUGUUGUGGUUGGAACAAAAAUUUUGUUCAUUGUCUUAUAAGUUUAAACAUUAAUUUUGUAGAUUAAGAUAUAGGCAGCUGAUUAUGCAAGUUUUAAAUAUAUUUUAUUAAGUUUUGUACAGUUUUAUGCGCAUUUGUUUAUAUUGUUAAAUGCAUUAUUUUGUGUUUUUGUUGUUAUACAGUAAUGCUCACGUUAUCAUUAACCAGUGUAUCAGUGUAUAUAUUACUCAGUUUUCAUGUUUUUUUUAGCUCAGAUCAUUUAUUAGGAUUUAUAAUCUCCGUAUCAGCCAAUCUUCUCUGUGCCUGUAAAAAGGAUUAAAUUAUGCAAGCUCAACCACGGAGUCAUGUUGUCAAUUUAUUAUUUGACAGAAGUUGUAAUUGGUAUGGAAACUAGCAGCUCUAAAUCAUGUUGUCAAUUUAAAUUUAAUACUGGCAGAGAGCAAGUUAUAACUGGUAUGGAAACUAGGACCUCUAAAUCAAGUUGUCAAUUUAAUACUGGCAGAGAGCAAGUUACAACUGGUAUGGAAACUAGCACCUCUAAAUCAUGUUGUCAAUUUAAUACUGGCAGAGAGCAAGUUACAACUGGUAUGGAAACUAGCACCUCUAAAUCAUGUUGUCAAUUUAAUACUGGCAGAGAGCAAGUUACAACUGGUAUGGAAACUAGCACCUCUAAAUCAUGUUGUCAAUUUAAUACUGGCAGAGAGCAAGUUACAACUGGUAUGGAAACUAGCACCUCUAAAUCAUGUUGUCAAUUUAAUACUGGCAGAGAGCAAGUUAUAACUGGUAUGGAAACUAGCACCUCUAAAUCAUGUUGUCAAUUAAUACUGGCAGAGAGCAAGUUAUAACUGGUAUGGAAUUCGGGAACACCAUUUACUAGUAUGAUAGAGUUAAAAAAAGACUUAAGUAUGUGUGAUUUGAACUAGGACAGCUGACAUUCAACAAACCACUAGUUUCUAUUCAACACCUUCACCUUCCAUCUUGAACCUUCUUUCCCGUGUUAAUUAAAGUCAUAGAAAUUAUAGCAGUUUUUCGAAAAUGGGGCAGUUUUAAUAUAAUAGAUAUUACAUGAUUUUGAUGUGUUUAACACAAUUUUUCUGUAGAAAUGAAUUUAUAUUUGUGUAAAAUACAGAAUGCAGUGUCUACCAAUGAGUAAUGUAAAUGUUUCAGCAAAAAUAACUAUUUUUCUUUGUUGUUGAAAAGCAUACCAUUCCAAUUUACCACCUAGUUCUUGUUUGCGCACCAUGGUGUUUGUUUAUUGCUAAAAUAAUUAUACAAUAAAAGAAUUAACACAG